AGACUCAGGGGCGCGCUUAAACGCUCCACUGUAUCGAUGAAGUUGGUCCAAAGAUGGCGGAUUUCCUGCCGUCCCGGUCCGCUCUAACAGUGUGUUUCCCUAACUGUCUCCUCACCAGCAGCGAGGCAGAGCAGUUGAGGAAAUCUAAAGAGAUCGAUAAGUGUAUUUCUCGGGACAAGACGUACGUGACGCGCCUGGUUAAGAUCCUGCUGCUGGGCGCCGGGGAAAGCGGAAAGUCCACUUUCCUCAAGCAGAUGCGCAUCAUACACGGGCAGGACUUCGAUCAACGGGCCAAAGAGGAGUUCCGGGCGACGAUCUAUAGCAAUGUGAUUAAAGGGAUCCGUGUGCUGGUGGACGCCAGGGACAAGCUGCACAUCCCUUGGGAGGAUUCCUCGAACCAGACGCACGGCGAGACCCUGAUGGCGUUCGACACACGCGCGGCCCUCCCGAGCCUUGCGGGCAUGGAGAAGGCGGUCUUCCUGCAGCUGCUGCCCGCUGUGCGCGCCCUCUGGGCCGACGGGGGCAUCCAGAAUGCCUACGACCGGCGCCGUGAGUUCCAGCUGGGUGAAUCAGUGAAGUAUUUCUUGGACAACUUGGAUAAACUUGGAGAACCAGAUUACCUGCCCACUCAGCAGGACAUCUUGUUUGCCCGGCGGCCCACCAAGGGCAUCCAUGAGUAUGACUUCGAGAUCAGGAACGUGCCCUUCAAGAUGGUGGACGUGGGCGGCCAGCGGUCAGAGCGUCGCCGCUGGUUCGAGUGCUUCGACAGCGUCACCUCCAUUCUCUUCUUGGUGUCGUCCAGCGAGUUUGACCAAGUUCUCAUGGAGGACCGGCAGACCAACCGGCUGGCUGAAUCGCUCAACAUCUUCGAGACCAUCGUCAACAACCGUGUCUUCAGCAAUGUCUCCAUCAUCCUCUUCCUCAACAAGACGGACUUGCUGGAGGAGAAGGUUCGGACGGUGGCCAUCAAGGACUACUUUCCUGAGUACGACGGGGAGCCGCACAGCCUGAAUGACGUGCAGAAGUUCCUUGUGGAGUGCUUCCGGAGCAAGAGGCGGGAGCAGCCGCAGAAGCCCCUCUACCACCACUUCACCACCGCCAUCAACACUGAGAACAUCCGGUUGGUUUUCCGCGACGUCAAGGACACCAUCCUCCAUGAUAACCUCAAGCAGCUCAUGCUGCAGUGAUGCUGUGGAGGACAUUGGGGUUUUAAACCUUUCGUUAGUGACCUUUUUAUGACCUUUGGGAUUUAGGUGGAGAGCUUUGGAGUUUGAAAUGCAGGAUGGUUCUGGAUGACUGUAUUUGAGGUCCUGACACUGACCUCGUGAUGCUCUGUAUGUACAGGAGAGGUAGGGGUGCUUGCGGCGAUGAGUUUUAAAGCUUUUUGCUAGCCCCCUUGUGAUUCCAUUUUUUUUUUUUGCAUCUGGUCAUAGUGCCACAACCCAGGCAGCCAAGACAACGGUUUCUUUUACUUAUACUAACAUGCGGGGUCGUCACCUCGGACCUGGACGUGCUCGAGCUGGGCGUCGGCGCCCCCUAUCUUUCGGGUGUCUUACUAGCUCAGGGUGGCGUCUCCCCACCGCCCCACCUCGUUGGCCUUGGUCUUUUACCUUUUUAUUUUUCUAAUCAGUCAUUUACAGAUUUUCUUAAAUGAUUUUUUUCCCCUUUUUAUAUAUAAUUACGUGUAUUUUGUAUGCGAUUUGCUAAAUUAUAUUUUAGAGGUUUCACACGUCCUCUUUGGUUAGACACUGCCGGUGGAUGUGUCCCACAUGCCGGGGGAUCCCACAGGGGGACGCGCAGCUUAAUCUCAGGGCUGGAUGUCGGCCGCUUAGGGCUGUCUGUGUUUAUGCGCAUGUGGGAUCCAGGCUCAUCAACACCGGCUUUACUGACUGGUAGAAUCAUCUUUUUUAUCAUUAUUGUUUAUUGUUGUUUUUAUUGGCUUGCUCCCACCCCCCCCCACCCCCUUCCUUCUAGAGGGUUCUCAUUACUGCCGGGGUGUGGUCUGGUGUUUGAACACACUUUGUAGGCAUCUAUAACCAGCCCCUGGAUUCUGCUUCGGGGGGGGUGUAUUUUUUAUUAUUUUUUUUAUCAUAUUGAUCUCCUCUCUGCGGGGAGCUAUCACUGCAUAUCCUUAGGUCAUGUUCUCCCCAUGCCUGCCUGUUCUGCCCACCCACCCCUCCCCUGACAGCUGGGGUCCCUCUCAGAUGCCCCCCCCCCCCCCCCCAGGUUCCAGCCAGAUCUUCUCCUCAGUCGCUCCAGGGUUCCAUUCCUGAAGCACUGCUUCUCCACCGCAUCCUUCAGGCCCGAAGCCCGCUACUCUGAAGUCUUCCUGAGGCCUUUUGUGGUGCCACCGAGAAGCCAAGUCGCUCCCUGCUGGGGGGGGGGCAGCAGUCACCACGGCCCCUCCGCCGGCUCUGCGUAUCCCAUGCCGCGCUCAGUGGGCCGUCCAUUCUGUGCCUCGUACCAACUUUACCUCCCCCUGCACCAGAGGUUCAUUGCUCCUCAGGUUUGUCACAUUGACACGUGGACGGGACAUUUGUGUCUUUAUGUGACGCUCCGGGGGUGAGCUGGGGGGGGGGGGGGAUCAGUCAACCUUGUUCAAGUAGAAGCAACAUCAAGUAGAAACAGUUGGCAUCAGUAUUUUGUAUUAUUGUUUUAUUUGUCAUGUAGUUUCCGUCUUCAGUCCGCUGCACUGACCCGAGUUACCAGCGGUUCUGCUCUUAAGCUUCUCCUAGGGGUGUCCAGGCCUUCCUGAUGUGGCCAGGGUGGUCUGAGGCACCAGCAGGGGCUGUAGACGUUUCCGGAAGAGGUAAAGGCAUGGGCUCAUGUCAGUGGAUCCAAAGUGAUUAAAAACCGCCAUGCUUACUGUAUGUAGCCGCUCCUUAGAUUUGUCACCAAAAUGGCCUUUUUGUAUUUACGUUUAGAAUCUAAGACCUUAGACGGAUUUGCGUCCUUGGAGACCAACUUCAGGGUCAAAGGACCGUUUGGCUGUCAAGCGCUUCGCUUUUAAACCAGAUUAAUCGUUUCAUUCGCCAACACGUCCGUAGAUGAACUCACUCAUUUUUCACCUCAGUGGUUUGUGGGAAAAGUCAUUAUGGUGAUGAUGUCAGGCUCAGGCUGGGGGGGGGAGGCUCAGGCUG